UUGCUUGCACUAAUGUUCGUGGCGUGUGCGCAUGGCAGGCUAUUUGCAUUCCUGAGACCUGCCCACAAGGCAGACUCGCAGGCCGCCGCUGCUGUAGUGCAUUCUCAGCCGAGAAUAGGAUAUGAACAUCAUCACAUAUCGGACGACCAGCAUAUUGAUUAUUAUGCAUAUCCUAAGUAUGUAUUCAAGUACGGAGUGAACGACUUCCACACUGGCGACAUUAAAACCCACCACGAGAGCCGAGACGGUGAUGUCGUAAAAGGUCAGUAUUCCUUAGUCGAACCAGAUGGUUCAGUUAGAACUGUGGACUAUACUGCGGAUCCUGUACAUGGUUUCAAUGCAGUUGUAUCUAAGACUGGACCCAGCGUACAUGCUCCACCACCACCACCACGUGUUCUCCCACAGAUCAAGCCUGUGGUACAAUAUGUAACUAAACCCAUACCUGUACCUGUGGAGUUGCCGCAAAAUAUUUUUAUGCCACGAAUAUAUCCAUCGGGAUCACCUUUCUUGUUCCCCAAGGCCGUACCACAAUUUCCGGACUACGAUGGAUUUGAUGUCGACAGCCCUUUUUCCAUACCACCUGGAAGUUUUUAUUAAUUUAUUUUUAUGAUAUGCAAAUAAUUUAUUAAUUUAGUUCUAGAUGUAAUGUACUAUUGGACUCAAUUAUUUAAUGCAUAUUGUAUAAUAAUUAUAUAAUUUUUAGUGCCAAGUUUAUAUUACAUUUAAUUACAUACAUACAUUGUUAUGUAUCUCAAUUAUUGAUGUUAUUUUCAGACAGUACUGUUAUUGAAUAAUACUCGAAUACUCAAAGUACUUAAUUAAUAAAACUAUUUAGGAGUAUAUAGGAAAUGACAAUAUUUUUUUUAUGCAAAUAUUCAUUUCUAUAAGGUCUUCCUGCAUUUUUGUGUCUAUUUAUGCACUUUAAGUGCAUGCAUUUGUUUUUUAUUAAUAUUAUGUGGUCAGUAUUACACAAAAGAGGUUUUGAGAAUAUACUCGUAUAUAAAUUAUUAGAAGGUGAAUUAUAAAUCAA